AUGGAGGCCUUGAAGGUAGUUGGAAAGCCAGCAUCCACAGAUGUUGCUAGGGUGCUGACAUGCCUCUUGGAGAAGAACUUGGGCUUCAAACUCAUUCGUACCGACAAGUUAAAGGAAGAGGGCAUGGUCUCUGAGUUUCUUAGGCUACAGGAUCCUGCUGGUCAUGUAAUCUUUGAAGAUGAGAAACGCAAGACUUUUGUUGAUUCAAGAGAUAUUUGCAGGCACAUUUCGAAGGAGUACCCUGAUAUGGGGAACAAGACCCUUUUUGGAACGGGUGUUCUCGAGAGGGCAACGAUUGAACAGUGGCUCCAUGCAGAAGCUCAGAUGUUUGACCCUCCAAGCUCAGCUCUAAUCUUCCAUCUGGCCAUCGCAACACCAUUAGGCUUGCAUCCUGAUCAAUCUUUGAUCGAGAGAAAUGAGAAGCAGCUGGCCAAUGUUCUUGACAUGUAUGAAAGGAGGCUGGGAGAGGAAGAGUACUUGGCAGGGGAUGAAUUCACGCUGGCUGACCUCUCACACCUUCCCAACGCACACUACCUUGUAACCAAGACAGAGAGGGGACGCAAGCUUUUCACUUCAAGGAAGAAUGUGGAGAGGUGGUGGACAGCAAUCUCGGAUCGGCCUUCAUGGAAGCGGGUGGUCCAAAUUCAGAGUGAGCAUCCAGAUCCACUGGAGAAAUUGGAGAACUAGAGUUACGUUUGGAUGACUUUGUUUGCUGUGUGCUUUAGCUUCCCUUCAUGUUGUGGCUUCUUCUGUUGUUGUGUGUUUGUAACUAUAUGCAAGUCUUCUUGACUUGCAUCUGUCGUGGAUAAAGAUCUUCUGUAUCUACAAAAAAUAAAAAAUAGAAAAAGGAAUGUUAAGAAUAAUAAGAUUUCGUGGGGACAAAUAUUCCUUUGAGCUAAAUAUGUGAGAUCCCCUUAGCUAGAUAUGAGCAUAGGGUUUGUACCAGUAGUAACAUCUUGCAUGUAUCAUUCCAUGCAUUAUAUAUUUUAUUUCAUCGAAAAACUUAUUUUAUGCGCAAUGAAGGUCCUAUGUCAAGAUUAUGCACUAUCAAUUAUUUAGGGAGAAGUAUGAUCCAUGUGUUUCACUAAAAUUAGCAAGAAUGUCAGCACAAAAUAGUAAGGCUGCAAUGCUGACUUGUUAGAAAAGUAAUUCAAUAGAUUCUCAUAUAAGAGAGAUCUACUCGCAUUAUAAUUAUCCAGAUCUAAAUUAUUAAGAGGCACUAUUCAAGAAUUAUACCUAAAAUAUUUAAUUACUGAGCUAUGGGGUAUGACUAUUGGAGUUAAGCCCUAAUUCAUGCACCAUAAUGUAUCUUAAUCCUAUAUCUAAAUCUCAAAGGAAUUAUAUAGAAGCUAGCAGAGGUGAAAAUAGGAGAAUGGUGACAUAAGAGGAGGUUGGAGAAGUCGAGGAGGUCCAGGAGGUUGGAACAGUAGGGCAACAGAGAAGGAGGUAGAAGUGGAAGAGGAGAUAAAGAUAGAGAAGGGGAAAAAGAUGGUUGGUGUUUUCCGGUGACAUGAGCAAAAGCAACUUCUAUGAGUAGCCGAAGAGUAAUGGCAGCAAGUAGGGGCCAACUACCAAUCUUUACUCCUUUUUAUGCCAAACAAUCCUAUGAACCUUAGUCAACAUUAGUCAGAGAGGCAUGAAAGUGAUCCUUUCCAAAGUUCCAAACCUUUCUUGAUGAAAGCAGCUUUUUCUUUAACUACGAUCCCAUUUGGCAGUAGAGCUUUCAAAAGUAUA